AUCAUUUCUGUUUUUGUUUAGAACCACAACUACUUAUGUUUCAUCAAGCUAUCCUCUAUUAAAGAUUCCUUCGGUUCUGAACAGAUGUUUUGUGACUUCUCACUAUCCACCAGAGCCUUCAUAUUCUAGUUUACACUAAAGGAAUAAGCAGGUGAAUAUUUAUCUGGAACAAUAAAAUCCUGAAACAGAUGGCUCCAGGAUGAAUGUUUUACUGAAAGUUCACUGGUUCACACCCAACAGUGAUUCACACCUUUAGUAAAGCUCCUCCUACAGCAAUCCAACAAUAAAUGUGAGAGACAAACAAGCAGAAAAUCACUCCAGGUAUAACAACUGAGUUCUUCAUACAGUUGUUGGAGGAGAAGAAGCUUGAAAACAUCAGAGAUCCAGAACAGAAUGGAAGUUCCAUGCAGGAAGGAAAAUGAAGAUACUGAGGAACAAAGAGAUAUGAUGGAGGUGAAUGAUGCCGAUGGGAAACAGCGGUAUAUAAAAACAAACCAAAAGGUUUCACAAAAAGAAAAUCUGAGAACAGGAGGCCAACAGUGUGGAAAUAAUCUCCAAAAACAUGGGCGCCUUGUGGAUCACAAAAGAGGUCACAGAGAAGAGAGACCAUUCACAUGUCGUCUGUGUGGUAACAGUUUCACACUUAAAGGUAGCCUUCAGGUACACAUGAGAAUUCACACCGGAGAGAAACCUUACGCUUGUGAUCAGUGUGGAAAGAGUUUCACAUGUAGCGGUCACCGUUCCAGACACGUGAGAAUUCACACUGGAGAGAAACCGUUCACAUGUCGUCUGUGUGGAAGGAGUUUUAUAUGUCACAGUGAUCUUAAGAGACACAUGAACACUCAUGAGAAUUUGCCAAGAGAUGGACAAAAAAGAGUUCACAGUGGAGAGAAGAUUUUUGCAUGUCAUCAGUGUGAAAAGAUUUAUAGAACAAAACAUGGGCUUGUACAGCACAUGAAAAAUCACGCUGAGGAGAAACCUUUCAAAUGUCAUGUGUGCGAGAAGAGUUACGGAAUAAAAAGACAUUAUGAACACCACAUGAAAACUCACACUGGAGAGAGGCCUUUCACAUGUCAUUUGUGUGGGAAUAGUUUCGUCUACAAAUCGGUCCUUACAAAGCACAUGUUUGUUCACGAUAAAGAGAAACCAUUUGCAUGCCAUCAGUGUGAAAGAAGUUUCUCAGGUGCAAGUGCACUUAAGAUUCACGUGAGAAUUCACACUGGAGAGAAACCAUUCAAGUGCCAUGAGUGUGAAAAGAGUUUCAGAUGUAAAGGUGUCCUUAAGACACACAUCAGAGGUCACGCUGGACUGAAACCUUACGCAUGUCACCUGUGUGAGAAGCGUUACGCAGGUGUAGCUCCACUUCAGACACAUAUCAGAAUUCACACUGGAGAGAAACCUUUCAUCUGUCACGAGUGUGGAAAGAGUUUCACAGAGAAAGGUGCACUCCAGGUACACAUUAGAAUUCACACCGGAGAGAAACCUUACACAUGUGAUCAGUGUGGAAAGAGCUUUACAAAUAUGAGUAACCACAAGAGACACGUGAGGAUUCACACCGGAGAGAAAUCAUUCACCUGUCAUCAGUGCAGAAAGAGUUUCAGAAAUAAAAAUGACCUUAAGACACACAUGAGACUUCACACCGGAGAGAACCGGUGCUCAAACUCUGAAGAAGAGUCAGUGGAGUGAAAAGUUUAUUUCAUCAUCACAUCUCAAAACUCUUUUUGUGGAAAUAGUUUUUUCAGAGCUGGUCUGUUUGUGCUUUGAGUGUGCUAAAACAUCCCUCCAUUGGUGAAAAUCACAUUUAAUGUGCUGCUUCUGUGUAGUGUUUUCAAUAUGCUGUAAGACAAACCAAGUGCAAAUUCAUCAGUCAACAUCAUUGCUGAACAUUUUCUCAAUAAAACUGCAUAAAGACUG